AGCUCUCUUCGCCAGCGAGCUUCCUGGCUAAGAGUCAAUACUUGUAAACUCUGAGGACUUUUUGUCUCAGAAACACAGUAGCAGCGUGACUUUUACAUACUCACCACGACCACAAGAACCGCAUUGAAUCGCCUGAUUAUUAUUCAAACGUUCAAAUCGUUUUCGAAGUUAACAUGGAGAACGAAGAAACCAAGAGAGCUCCAAGUCCGCUAAAAGUCAACGUCACGAAAAAACUCCACCCUCCGGCAUCUGCAAUUCCACUGGUCCAAAAUAGAGAAGAGGGGUUCAUUCUGUCGAGGAUGGCUCGCGGCGACGUAGGUCUGAAUCACAUAACGAUCGAAAAUAAUUGGAUGGAUGACCUAUUGGUAAUCGUUUGUGCUGCUUGUUGUACGAUUCGAUUCACCGACCUGUCCUACUAUAUAUUUUUCGGAACUCAUCAGUAUGCUGCAAUGACCGAGCUGGACAUCAAGUUGGCUGUGGGUGACGACGUUAUCAUGGCCUGUCUUGCUAUUACAAUGUUUUCUUCGGUGGUCUUCCCGUACAAGCGGUGGGCUGUCUUCUAUUACUUUAUGGGAUUCGUAUCACUCGGACUGCAAUUGAUUGCUCGAGACGGCCCCGAUUUCCUACCGAAGGAACAAUGGAAGAUCGAUUUCCUCGAAGAAGACAUUCGACAGGGCUAUAUCGUAGCGGCUACAUCCAUCGAUGUCGUUGGCAAUUCUCGAACAGCGAUGAAAUACACAAUUAUUGCAACACAGGUAAUUUUCCAACUGAUUGUCUCGGUCUUCGUGUUCGGAAAACGUGGCCUUCCUAUGUAGAUUCUUGAUCUGUUGGGAUCUAGAGGAAUAUAGGUGGCGGCAUUUUCAUUGAAGGAUCCUUCGGUGGAAGGGGUCCACCAAUGAUGGCAGCUGCAAGUCGUAUCUAACUACCAAAGAGUUCAGAAUCUUCACAUAGAUUAUGAUGGUCACAACUGUAUCAGAAAGAGUGUGAAUAAUCUCGAAUGCAGGACGUUUGUUAUUACCAGUGAUGUAAUAAAUACAAACUGAUCAGGCCAGCAAGCCCCAAGCAAGUGCUGGCUUUUUCAACGGUUAUGAAGACCCAAUGACGGUCCUUGAUUGUAAUGUAGGGUAACUUCAGUUUUCUUUUCCCACAUCCAAAGCACUUGAGUCUACUGGAACGGGCCCACAACGGUAGCUAUAUCUGAAAAGCGGACAAACAUAACCGUUGGCAACUAGGCUGGGCUGAAGCCCUGUGACGACGGGACUGAACAAAGAAAGCUGGCCAGCUGAAGAACGUUGUAUGAACUAGACAAAGAACGCAAUGUGUAGAAAUAAAACGUAGUGAGAAGAGAUAAUCAUGCAGUAUGUGUUAUUUGUUACACGUUUUUAGGGGAAAUCUUGUUCUAAAUCUGAAAGCCAUAUUUAAGGAGAGUAUAGACUGAUGUCGGCCUAUGAAGAUGAUCGUCUUUCACGAAAUAUGUAGAUUUUAGUAGAUGUAUGAUGGUUUUUUUUAAUAAGCAUAAAGAGAAAAACGAUCACGUUAAUUCUCUCUAAUGUAUUUCUGAUAAAUCCGAGUUUGCAAUAUAACCGAAGAGUUAUUUGGCCAGUUCGGUCAAGUACUUCGAGAUGUGAUGCGCAUGUGAGGUCAUCAUGUAGGGUACUCAACGGCGCUGUUCUAAAGAUGAUUGUCUAACACGUUAGAUUCUAGGCACCGGAUAGCGAAUUACCAAAUUCCUACCGAGUUCAUGAUUUACCACUUCCCAUCGUGGAUACUCUUCAAGGGUAAUUUUUGC